GGUUUAUUUGAACGGCUGCAGUGCGGUCACACUUUCUAGUUGUCGAAUUUCCAAUUCAUGUUUUAUUUUUUGCCGAAUAAAUUGAGAUAAUAUUCAGAGAAAAUGUGCGACUACAAGAUCUCGGAGCGGGCGUACGCCAAGUUGAUAUUCCACGCGGCCAAGUAUCCACACCAGGCGGUCAACGGGCUGUUGCUGGCUGAGAAGACUUCGAAGGGCUCCCAGGUGGAAAUCGUGGAUGCGAUUCCGCUUUUCCAUCAGUGCCUCUAUGUCACCCCCAUGGCGGAGGUGGCCCUCAUGCUGAUCGAUGCCCACGCCGAAAGCGAGGGAUUGGUAAUCGCCGGCUACUACGCAGCGCCGGAGAACUUCUACGACAACCAGGUCGACAAGUCGCCAGCUGCCAAGAUAGCGGACAAGAUCCAGGAGAACUUCAAGAACGCCUGCUUCGUGGUGGUGGACAACAAGCUGAUGACACUGCAGCACGACCGAGCCGCCAUUCAGGUAUACAACUGCACCGGAGACUCGGGAGCAAGGUGGUCAAAGGCCAAGUUCACGCUCGCACAGUCAUCCGAUACACUGGAAGGCGUGUCGCUGCUGCUGAAGCGCGGAGCCAUGCGGGAUUUGGUGGACUUUGACAACCAUCUGGAUAAUCCGGACAAAAACUGGACCAACGACUUCCUGAAUCAGCCGCUCAACGAUCUGCAGAAACUGUACUAGUCGCUCGUUUCAAAACGUAUGUUUGUUUUAGUCUAGCAAAAUCGCAUUCGAGGGAACAUGCCGGAAUUUCAACCUUGCAAUUUAAUUUAUUGUAAUUACAUUUGGAUUUCAGUAAUCUUUAGAAUAAUGCAUAUAAGUUAAAUAACAUUCAACUAAUUAAUAAAUAAUCAAUUCUUUCAUCA